ACCAACAGACGGGAAACGAGCUUGAGUAUGCACGGGUAACGAGAAAAGGAAGUGCCUCAAAGUAGCGUACGUAGUCCGACGUCGUGCACUUUUUUAUGCAUAGCCCAGGGGAAACGACAGGGGGAAACGAGGGGAAACGUCGAUUUCUCGCAUGGCGGAUAAUAAGCUUCUGCACGGGACUGUGUAAGCGCAGUAUCAGGCUGUACUCAUCGCCUGGUAAAAGCAGGCAGAGUCAAAGUUUUUCCUCGUGCCUUGUUGAGCGGUUUAAAUUUUUGUAAGCACUGCAGAUCCUCGAGGGAGCGGAGACAUUGACUGCUGUGAUUCGCAAACGAUGCUCCGGGCAUCACUGCCA